AUGAGAGGCGUACAAAACAUCUGCCACCAUUUUUACGCAUUCUCCCUCUUACUCAUCGUCUUCGUUCUCUUUCGUCCUGCAUUCUCGACCCAUGUCAAUACUCUUUCAUCUACAGAUUUUCUUACCAACACAAGCAACCGAACCAUUGUAUCUCCUGGUGGUGUUUUCGAGUUUGGUUUCUUCAAACUCGCAUCUAGUUCUUGUUGGUAUCUUGGAAUAUGGUACAAGAACAUUCCCGAGAGAAGUUACGUAUGGGUUGCCAACAGAGACAACCCUCUCCACAGUUCCACUGGAACUCUCAGAAUCUCCGGCACUAACCUCGUACUUCUCGACCAGUCCAAGAACACUGUUUGGUCCACGAAUCUCACCAGAAGAUGCGUGAAAUCUCCCGUGGUCGCAGAGCUUUUCGAUAACGGCAACUUCGUGAUGAGAUACUCCAACAACAGUGAUCCAAGUGGGUACUUAUGGCAGAGUUUCGAUUUUCCGACAGAUACUUUACUUCCACAGAUGAAACUAGGCUUCGAUCUCAAAACUGGACCCCACAGAUUCCUUAGAUCUUGGAGAAGUCCUGAUGAUCCAGCUAGUGGAAAUUAUACAUACAAACUCGAAACUCGAGGGCUUCCCGAGUUUUUUCUACGGUCUGAAGACUUUCUACUGUACCGGACCGGUCCAUGGAACGGAAUCCGGUUUAACGGCGUACCGGAGAUGCCACGGUUGUUAGAUAACAUAUUAACGGAGAAUAAAGAAGAGAUCACAUACACAUUCCGAAUGACCAACCACAGCAUUUACUCCAAAUUUAUAAUCACUCAUUCAGGGUUUUUCCAACUACUAACGUGGACUCCGAAAGUACAACUUUGGAACGUGUUAUGGAGUAUACCAAAUGAUCAAUGCGAUUUAUACGUGUUAUGUGGGCCUUAUGGUUACUGUGACACAAAAACUUCCAUGUGUAACUGUAUCAAAGGCUUCAAGCCGAAAGGCUCACAAGCAUGGGCUUUGGGAGAUAUGUCACAAGGAUGUGUUAGGAAGACAAGUCUAAGCUGUGGAGGAGAUGGAUUUAUACGGUUGACGAAGAUGAAGCUGCCGGAUACUACUUACGCGAUUGUAGACAAGCUUGUUGGGAUAAAGGAAUGUAAAAAGAGGUGCUUGAAGGAUUGUAACUGUACUGCGUUUGCGAAUGCGGAUAUCCGAAAGGGUGGAUCGGGUUGUGUGAUUUGGACCAGCGAGCUUGUGGAUCUCAGGAAUUACGCCGAGGGUGGUCAAGAGUUUUACGUUAGAUUAGCUGCUGCUGAUCUUGAUUGCUAGCUAGCAAAUGCACUAGCAUGAGCUGGAAUGAACGUAUGCUUGUUUAAUUAAGAAAAAUAAAAUAAAAUUAUUG